UGUGCGCGAAAGUUUCUUCUAACAUGGGGAUCUCGCAAGGAUUCAGCUUCGGCUAUAAAUAAGGCUCCACCCAAGCAGUCCCAUGUCCACAAAAGUUGAGCACACCAAAGUCACCAGCUUUGAUUUGUAUCAUUUCCAUUCAACCACACAUACCCCAAAUCAUCAGUUUAAGAAAAUGUCGAUUCAAGUGUCAGCUGUUGCUUCUGUUUCUACUCCCCCUUCCAAACCUACUGAAAUUGAACGUCGAUCUGCAGGUUAUCACCCUAGCAUUUGGGGUGACCAUUUCCUCUCAUACCACUCUCACUAUUUGGAAACAAAAGACGAAAUAGAUGAGCCUCAUAAAAAACUCAAGGAAGAAGUGAAAAGUAUGCUGAUGAUCAACGGAGAUAAGCUUUCACAGAAACUGGAUUUGAUCGAUGCAAUACAACGCCUAGGCGUCUCUUACCAUUUUGAAAGUGAAAUUGAUGAAAUUCUAAAAGAGAUGAGCUCUGAAUCUGAUGAUGAUAAUGAUGACCUAUAUGCAAUUGCUCUCAAGUUUCGGCUAGUUAGACAACAAGGCUAUAACAUGUCGUGCGAUGUUUUCAACAAGUUCAAGGACAGCCAAGGGAACUUCAAGGAUUCCCUUGUCAAUGACCACAGAGGAAUGCUAUGCUUUUAUGAAGCUACGCAUCUCAGGUUGCACGGAGAAGACAUUUUAGACGAAGCACUAGCUUUCACUACUGCUCACCUUGAGUCCAUGGUUUCGCAAAGUUCGCCUCUGGCAGCGCAAAUUACCCAUGCUUUAAAGCUGCCUAUUCACAAGGGCCUACCCAGACUAGAGGCAAGGCAUUACUUCUCUAUCUACGAAGAAGAAGCCUCAUGUAAUAAAAUUCUGCUAUCUUUUGCUAAGCUGGACUUUAAUAUAUUGCAAAAACAACAUCAGAAGGAAUUGAGCGAUAUUGCGAAGUGGUGGAAAGAAUUAGACUUUGCAAACAAGCUUCCUUUUGCAAGAGACAGAGUCGUAGAAUGCUACUUCUGGAUUAUGGGGGUGUACUUUGAGCCUGAAUAUUUUCUGGCCAGAAGGAUUCUAACCAAAGUGAUUGCUAUGACCUCAGUCAUUGAUGAUAUUUAUGAUGUCUUUGGAACACCUCAAGAACUUGAGCUCUUUACAGCAGCAAUAGAAAGGUGGGAUAUUAGCGCAAUAGAUCAGCUGCCGGAGUACAUGAAAGAAUUUUACAAGGCAUUUCUGGAUGUAUAUUCAAACAGGGAAGUAUAUCGUUUCUACUAUGCAAAAGAAGCAAUGAAAAAACAAGUUAGAGCUUACUUCAUUGAAUCCAAAUGGUUCCACCAGAAAUACAUACCGACGAUGGAGGAGUACAUGUCCAACGCAUUAGUUACCUCAGGCUGUGCAAUGCUGGCAACUACAUCCCUGGUUGGAAUGGGAGAUAUAGUAACGGAGGACUCAUUUGAUUGGUUAUUUACUGAACCUCAGAUGGUUACGGCCUCAGCAAUCAUUGGUAGGCUCAUGGACGACAUUGUAUCCCAUAAGUUUGAGCAAAAGAGAGGGCACGUUGCCUCCAGCAUCGAGUGCUACAUGAAACAACAUGGUGCUACAGAAGAAGAAGCUGUCCAAGAAUUUCAGAAACAAAUUGUGAGUGCAUGGAAGGAUAUUAACGAAGAGUGCCUGUACCCGACUUCCGUCCCUAUGCCUGUCCUAACAAGAAUUCUCAAUUUUUCACGAGUAAUAGAUGUUGUGUAUAAGGAUGAAGAUGGUUACACACAUGCUGAAGAUGUGUUAAAAGAUUAUGUGUCUACUCUACUCAUUAAUUCCGUAAUAAUAUAAGCUUGGGAUU